AACAACUGACGCCCUCUGGUACAAUCAGGGGAGUAUUUUUUCUCCUGCAUCCAUGCAGGUUAGUCGGUCAAAUUGACUCAAACCCUCAAAUCUAUCAACACUGCCAGAGAAACACUCGAAAAACUUGGAAAUAAAUUGAAAAAAGACAGCUAUGAUGGCGUCGAAAGGAUGGAAAGUUGUACAAACUCACGUUCCUUUGAUUAAAUUCAGAAAAGGUGGAACUUCUAGAGCAACUGGAGGUGCGACAACAGCGCAAUCUUCGACUCCAGGGACGGCAUCACGAGCUAGUGCCACCGGUGCAACUGGACCAAAUGUUAUCGCAAGACCGAUAAUUGAUGAUUUUCAAUUACCUCCGAGAUAUCAGAGGAGACCUAUUGAUGAAAAAGAAAUUGCCUACAUAAAUCGCGGUGGCCCCGAGUGAUUAUACAAUCUCACCGAUAUCACUGAUAAUAAAGAAGAAAUAUGAAGAGUAAAUGUUUAUAGAGUCUUACUUAACUUAUUAUCAAAAUUUUCCGCCUGUGUUUGAUGGAUGAAUAAAUCAAUUGUUCUCGUUAAACAAUGUGAAACAUUUGGUUUUCAAUAAAAAUUCUCAAUACCAAAUAAAAAAAGUGAAAAUAACUUUGUUUA